AUGAGCCACGCGGGGGACGGAGAUAGCUCGCUUGGCAGCGGCCCACCGGGUCCGCCUUCGAGGGAAGAUUCGUCCUCUUCACGGACAACACCAGAGUCGCUACAGCAGCGCGCAGAGGAGGUAGCCGCCGCUGCGGGAGAGCAGCUAGCGCGAACCGGGUCCUCAACCGUUCCUUCGGGAAGCAGCAUAGGAGAUGUGGUGCGCACAACCAGUGCAACGCCACAGCCUCUCCGCGGAGAGAGAGACAAUCGAAAUAUGGCGUCAAGGAUACGCCUAGACGGUGGCCUUCACGGUCCCGAUGUACAAGUGGCAACAGGUCCGCUGGUGGGCUCUUCUGCCUCCUCAGCUUCCUCAGCUUCGUCGUCCUCGAGAUCGCCAAUGAAGGCGGAGGUGCAAAGCAAGCUCGCGCGUGCAGACAGUCAGAUGUCAGGGUAACAACUUGUUUCUUAGGCGUGCUUCUUUUGCAAGUGUAUGUACUAUUCUAAGAUUAUAGUUGACAAGCAGGAACACCGUACACGAGUUGCGCUAUAUAGUUUGACAUGGACUUCCCAUUGAUUUUUAGUUGGGUGAGUGGAAGUGGGUGCCACGACGGGUACUACGGUAUUCAACUUUAACCAGCACGUGACUGUUUUCCAAUGCAUUGAUUUACUUUUCUAUCCUGCAGGGCUGAUUCGCAAAGCGGUAAGAGCGGAGGGCUGCAGCAGAUGCUUUCAGAUUUCAUGGAUCAAGCCCACCCAGGGAGAGCAGCAAGCAUGAGCUCAACCCAAGUGAUACCCGGAAGUACCCAAGUAAUACCCGGAAGUGCUCCUGCGGGGCACCCUGUGAGACAUGCGGAGCCUGCUCUAACUGGGUCAAGUACUAUAACAACCGGUCCCAUAUCCCUUCCAGUGUCCUCCAGCGUCCCAGCGGUACCCGUCGUUGUCGCCCCAAGAGUGUCAUUGGACCCCAUACCCGCCAGAAGUAGCAAAGCUGAAGCAACGACCCCACCAGUCACGAGCAGGUGAGAUUUUCUUCGCCCCGACGUUGAAUGAUCCUAGUUUUUUCAGAGUUCUUAUCAUGGGCGCUACUGAUGGUAAAAUCUGUUACUUGUCUUCAAAAGUCCUCGUUUUAUUAUACUUGACCUUGUUGUUUGCGCACGAUACCUCUUGUACUAGUAUCUUUUUUUGUGAAUAUCUUGAACAGGUCAUUUAACUUUCCAACUUUUGCAUUGUACCUCGUGAUUAGGUCGUCUACUACUUCUACCACUAGGUCAAACGAGACAUGGACGGGUAAUAGUAAAGCAGAAGUGAAACACAGCAUUCAAGCGUUAAGAGCAGAAGUUCUAGCGGAGGAUGCGAAAAUGCGGCGAAGCAAUUCCUUAACGACACUAAAGAAAGCACACAAACACGAUGAGGAAGGUGAGGAUAAUGAUAAUGAUAUUUGACAAUGAUUAGUUGAAUCCCCAAAGUUAUUAAGAAGUCUGUACUUUGGAACUGCCCCGCUGUGGGUUGUUACAAUUUAUAAUUUUCAAGCGCAUGAUAUUUUUACGCAAAGCUCAUCUCCAAGAACAUCAAUGUAAAGAAUCACUUCAACCAAGGAUUCAUUUAGUUCACCUGUUUGAUCCGCAUCCGAUCAAAAUCAAUCUGGUAUGUGUCCCGUACAAAAAAAAUAGACUUCGAGCACCCUAUUCGCGUUGCUCGGUGCGAAUUGAAUGCAGUGCAAAUGCGGCCAGUGGUGAACUCGGAACUUUGUGUUUACAUUAGUCUGAAGGACAUCCGCACAAACGCUCACUGGGAGGACAAGCCAGGACAGCGCCCGGGAGAGCGCGGCAACCACGGCGGACACAGUAGUAACCACAUAGCUGACGUAGCAGACACCAACUCGACUAGACCCAUAGUGAACUACCGCUGGUCCCGAGGUCCAGUGAUACAUCCGUGUGUCUUCCACAAACACAAGACAAGCACAGUGCGCGACACCAGUAAGACGUGGCAAUUCUAUUGCGGUCUAGAAUGUUUGCAAAGAGGCUGGAAGGGACUUCCCAAAGAUCUAUGGCUGGUACAACUUUUAUAUGAACUCUUUCCGAAUCUACUUUUUUGUGACGAGGAGUCAUUGUUGUUCUUCUAGUUUUCCUCUGGGCUCCGAGGAAUCAUUUCGCAAACUUCUAUCUUCCAAAAAGGAUUUUGAUUUGGAUGAAAUAUAAUAUAAGUAUGAAUUCCCAUUCCAACAUAGGAUCCGGACAAAGAAAAUUGGACACUGCAGUUAAAGCACGAUUGGGAGGUGAUAUCAGAAGAGCGAAGCUACUGUCCAAGCGUCCACGACAUAAACCGACCCCUCAGGUAUAGAAUUUUUCUUUACUAGGAUAGUAGCCGGACGUAAAACCCAAUAAUUAAUAUGAUGAAAUUGUCGGGGUUUUUUCGCGCUACAACUUCUGAACAUUCUUCUCCUCACUCCUUGCUCGCUGUUUUUAGGGAGAAGUUGUAACCUAUUGCAAACCUUGAUCCUUAUCCCCAUAGCGAAGGACAUCAAUCAACCUACCAGCUAAAACUUCAACUUUUUCAUCAGGUUCGAAGUGUUGCCACUGGACAAAAAUGGAGAGCCCAUCCCGAAAUUUGCAAAGUCCUGUACUACUGGAACGGUUAUUCCCACACCGAAAGAAGCCCGAACUCGUAGGAUGCUCUCAUUCGGGGGCCAAUUUAAUGCUGCGUGGUUGCAGAAGCAAUUCAAGCUGAUGAAUUGGAAUAUUCUAGCGGAUGUUUAUGCGACAGAGGCGCAGUAUCCCUACUGUGAAAAAUUCGCGAUUUCCUGGAUGUUCCGAAAACAUCUUAUCAUAAAGGUACUUCCUGAGAAAGUCUGAACAACUCGUCAUACAUGUAUAGUACCCACAUCUUGUAUCUUCUACUAUUAUCGCGAAGCGAGUGUCAAGUUCAAGUUUAUUUGUCCCGUUCUCGGUGCAGGAGGAGGUGUUGUAACGAAUGAAAUUGUUCGGCUCAUACUGCUUCAUUUUUCAAGGUGAAGAUUUUAAAGACUCAAUCAAAAAGAUUUGGAUUGUAGAAUAUUUUUCAUUUCGUUUGUGAAAAAUAAAAAGUCUAUCGUCCCGCAGGAAAUCAAGUCGAUCAAUGCGGACAUUGUGACUUUGCAAGAAGUGCAGCAAGAUCACUAUGAGGAGUGGUUCCGGCCCCACCUCGUGGAGCAGGGUUACGAGGGCGUGUACCAGCAGAAAAAACACAAAAGUCCUCUGUUUCAUCGUGGCAAAUUCUGUGUCGAGGGUUGCGCCACCUUCUUCAAGAAGGAGCGGUUUCGACAAGUAGACCAGGCAGUCGUGGAAUUCGACGAGGAAGCGAAGGGCAGGAUCAACGAUCCCGAGGCGUUGCAACGACUUUCGAAAGGAAACGUCGCUUUGGUGCUCACGCUGGAAGACCUACAAAUCAAACCGGACCUAGCGGCAUACCGCGAGCAUAACAUGAAGCCAGAGGUGCAGGCGGACCCAAGCAAACAAGUACAACCCUUCUAGAGCACCUGAUGGGCGUUAUUGACUGUUUACGCUAAAACAAGAACUCAUGGACAAUAGUGGAAUUAUAAGACUUCAAUUAGAUGAUAAUGAUAAAGUCGAAACAAGAAGAUCAUUACUCUUGAUACAAAAAAACUUCUUAGCUCGCCGAGCCCACUGUUGGCACGGACACCGGUGGACACCUUGUUGCCGUAGUAAACACGCAUAUUCUCGCUGAUCCUGAGUACACAGAUGUGAAAAUAUGGCAGUCACAAGUGCUUUUGGACUGGCUCCAGAAUAAUGUCGCAAGCGAAACACCUCUCCUAGUCUGUGGCGACUUCAAUUCGACGCCGAAAAGUGCAGUGUAAGAUCUAUUUAAGUAUUAUGCUGUGUUUCUAGAAGGGGCGUUAGAUUCUUUUCUUUUGUCUAAGGUCCACUUGAUUAUUUAUUGUGCUGUUUUUCAACUUGUUGUGUAUGUGUUUCGUAGCUUUAGGCUUAGCAAGAAGUGCUUUUUUCUUGAAUCUAUAGUUCUCGUGGUUUUUAAUGCUUCUUCAAAAAACGCAGGUAUGAGCUUUGGCACGACGGUCACGUGACCCCAAAUCAUGAUGACAUCAUCAGUCGCCCAGACGUCUGCGGUUUGUUGUCCAAUCCGCUUUUAUUUUACCAUAGCCUCCGCCUCAUGUCGGCGUACGAGGCAUGCAGUGGCAAUGUAAUUUCUACAUUUAAUAUUCUUUUCUACUAGAAUGAUUUGUUCAGUGUGGUUUCUGAUAAAAGUCGUUACUUGAUUAUUCUGCAAGCAGCAUCAUAAAUACAUAGGAACCUUCUUGUUACACGAGUCAGAAAGAAGUAGACAAUAUACGCUUACUUCCUUACGAUCAACAGGAAGCGCAAUAUACGAAUUAUACGGAAGACUUCAAAGGCACACUAGAUUACAUCUGGUUCAGUCCCGACAAAGUAUCUGCCCUCGCAGUGUCCGCGGUCGACGAUGAGCAAACGCUGCAACAGGAGAUGGCACUUCCCAGCUCGACCCGACCGUAUUCAUCACUAGUUUGUUUUUCAGUCCGCAAUGUCACUGUCACUGAAGAGAAUGUGGAUUUACGCUCAACAACCUUAUACGUAGAUACGCAAGUACUCACCAAGUACUACUUCGUUGCCGAGGUGGACUUGUCCUUCUUGUAGAAAGCAACGUUGGACGUAUCCUGCUUUUAUUCCCCGAUCUCACAGGUCCGAUCAUAUUUCUCUGGUGACGACAUUCAUGUUCCGAGAACCACCGACCACCAGAAAUGGCGUCCAAGACAUUGGUACUUUUAUCAUAGACACGAUAUUGGUACUUCUAUCAUAGCCUCUCAAGAUGUUUGAACAGAAUGUUUUGUUAUGAAACACGAACACGAACACUAUGAAAAAAGCGUUGUACUUUAGCGAGGAAUAACUCAGAUCAUUUCUUUUUAUUAAUUUUUGUCUCGAUGCUGAACACUCACAACGCCCUCCAUACAGCCGACAAACAAGCGGAGACGAUGACAAAUCUGCGACAAGCGAACCAGGCGAAGUAUGCGCGUCUCUUCCACGAAACCUGGGCGUACUAAAAUUUUAAUCCUUCUUAUGAUGCUUCUUUUACUUUCGUCGGAACAACAUCAAAAAUAUGUUCUUUAUUCAUCUUGUCCUGGUUUUGAUGUCGUCUUAAGCUACAUGUCAAACAUCUUCGUAAAUAAGAAUGUCAUGAUGGUCCUCUCCGUCUGUAGUGAAAAUCAUGAGAAUUUUUGAUAUUUGUUUAGGUCGUCGCCGCCAGAAUACUUUGGAGAUCAUAGCCAACAGUUCGGGUAUAAUGGUUUCUGGAACCAGGACUAUGGCGGGGGAUGGACCCCUGCUCCUGUGCCCGAAGAGGGCGGCUACAAUCCCCAGCACGACUACGGAAGCUACGACUGGUCCCAGCACGACUACCAGCAACAUCACCACGGAACUAGGGCCAGCAAACGAGGAAUGAUGAGUUUUACAAACCCUCUCGGUGGUUCGAGCGCACUAGGAAGCGGGGGAAUCAGCUUGCAGGGACCAACCACCACACAGGCAUUACGGGACGCCGCGCCGUGGACACUCGGACAGCUGGAUCCUGGUGCGAGCGCCUUCGGAGGUAGCGCCGCGAGCGAGUUUUCGAACGGAAACAAAUACAAUGACCACAACGGCAGUAACGCGAGCUUCUCCCCAGAGAAGAUGCCGACAGAAAACGAAAUUAAGUGGCGCCGCUUACUAGAACCGCAACUGCACCACCCACAGGACACCGUAGCGAUGAAUGCAGCGGCCGUGGCAUCGGCAAGACAGGACUCGCUUUUGUCGGAGGAAGAUCCGAUGCGAAGACCACUGUCGGCGAUGGACCUCUCCCAAAGCAGUCGUGCCAAGCAGGACGUGGAUAAUGUGACCUCCAGCAGUCUCAACUUGUCGGGCCUGGGUGGCGCAAGCCAGGCAUUAGGCGGCUUCCACGACACGCCCAACAGCCGUCGAGGAUACAGCGACGACGACGACAAGUGGCUCACCACCCUAGCCGCGUCACAGCAGGGCGGGCUGCAGAUGACACAUCAAGCAGGCGUGCUGGUUCCGCAGCCAACCCAGGCUGGAGCACCCCAUGUGGCGGCUUUGUCACAGCUGACGGACCAAGAGCUGCUGCACAACACGCUUCUUCAGGAGCAACGAAGCGAUCACGCACAUAGUAUGGCCAUGAGCAUGUCUAUGGAUGCCACUCAACAGCCACCGCAGCUUCUUGGUGGGGCUGAUCCGCACAUCCCCGCUGCGCACAACUCACACCUGAUGGCCCAUCACGAAGCAACUGCUUCCUACACCGCAGACCAACGCAUGAUGGAGCACAUGCGGGCACAUCUGGAUGGAUCACAAGCCAGCGCAAGCACGUCGGCAAAAGGCGGUCUCUCUGGUCCAGUCGUGAGCAGCAGUUCGUCUUCAGGUGGCGGUCUCGGAGGAGGCGCCAUUCCACUUGCAGCUGGUGGCCUCUCAGCGACGAGUACAGGAGCAGGAGCGGCCGGCGCCGCUCUCUCGGGCUGGCCAGGGUCAUCAAGCAAAACCAGUUCAGGACCAGCCUUACCGACAGUACCUCCACCUCCUCCUCCGCCGCCACCACCAAGCUUGCCGCCCGUUUUCCCACCGGCCACGGCAAGCGCAGAGCACCCGCCGCCGCCACCACCAAGUGAUGGCGUUGUCGGGUUCCCGGAUGAUAAUAUCGCGACUCUCUUGCCUCCCCCUAGCAGUCAGUUGCCACAGCACCUUUCCAUCCACGGCGGUCCUUUACCAUCCGCUGCCAGCUCUGGCAUUGGAGGAAAGAAUAGAAAGAGCCUGGCUAUUAAUGAUGGAGGAUUCCACCUGCAGAAAGGCAUGAUGAUGAAGGGCACUGUACCACUCGGAGGCGACGGUGGCGGAAGCGCAGCUUCCAACAGCGGUAGUCUCAUGAGCAGCAGCUCAACAACGCAACUGAAUAAAGCCCCAGUCGGCCGCGCUCUUUACGAGAGCUUCAAUCGCAACCCAAGAACAAGUGGUCCAAGUUUGCAGUCAACGACCAGUAAUCCGAAUAUUCGGCAACUGAAGAGCGGCAUGGGUCAGCAAGUGCUUGGCGGCAGCGGCAAUGAUUUGUACGGUGGCGGCAGCGAUAUGGGUGGAGCAGGACCCGUGUACAGCGGCUUCAAUGAUGGGCGACCGCGGUCCCGAAACGACAGGAAUGACCAGUACGAGGGUAACCACAGGCAGCACGACGUUUUCUCGCCCGGAGACGACUCCUUGGCGCGCGUGUCAGCAGGCGAGGACGCACUGAAUUUGUCAGGGACGCGAUUGCUUGAGUGGUCGAGUUCCGCACCGCCAGGCCUCAGAGCAGUGGGCGGCGUUGCGGACGCGCAAGGAGCUGCGCGGGUGAGCACCGCCGACGGAGACUGUGGAGUCCAAUCAGCACGUGCAAGUUCGUCUUCCGCAGGCACAAGCAGGACCGCGGACGCGAAUCAUGAGAAGCGAUCUUCCUCUUCCACCGCUGAGAACGGAGCAGGAGGCACUGCGUACGACUACUGGCAGAGUGCCUCGAGCGCCAGUAGCCGAAAUCCACAAUAUUCACCAGAUGACCGUGAGUCGGUGUUGCCUUUUUCAGGCGGCGGGGGCGUCAGCCGUGAAGAUUUUCCUAUUGUCGAGAGUCCGCCCUUUCCGUCAGAUACUUCAGAGUGGGGCACCAGUCCGGGAGACGGCAUGUACGCAGGCAGCAUGAGCGGCAGCGGCGGAAGCCAAGCUCGUGUCAGCAAACUACCCGCAGUAAGUGCCAAUGGAGCUUCAGGACACAGCGGGUUCGCCUCGAAUUCAGCAAGCAGCUCUUCCAGUGCGGCAGCAACAACCUCCUCAGGGUCACAAUCACAGUACAACUCCGAGCACCAACAGCUACAGAGAAGUGGAGGAGGCCAACAACAGUCUGGAAGGAAUAGCAGUUCAGGUGGAGGAGCUUCAAUGCCGGCCUGGGGAACUAUGGACUCAAUAAGCAUGCAAAACAGCGUUCUUGCCUCACUGUCUCGCGAUGUGGUCUCGACCACGGCGCGCGACAGGAACGGUUCCACCUGCUCUUUCGGUCGCAGUACGCAUCCAGGAGAACAAGAUGGCGCAAAUUUCGACGUCGCAAGUGGCGCAAAUACCAGCCUUUCAGGUGGCAACACCACAAGCAGUGCUUGCAUGAAGAUGAGUAUGGUCCCGAGCAAUACAGCGAGUGCUGCCAGCAGCAGCUGCUGUGCUCCGUCCUCGAGUCUCAACGCAGGAGGUCCAACAACAAGUGAACAUCAGGCUGUGCCCGCGCCAGGGACGCAUGCUGCAUCACACAUAACGCGGGACAACAUCCCAUUGGACGCGCCACCAGGUCUCUCAGUGGGACCACCACCUGGUAUUUUGACCACAGGAUCGGAAGGACCUACGCCAGAAUUUUCCUCGCCGUCAUUGCCGCAGUACCCAGACCGACCGACACCGACAAAUUUGUACUCCCGGUUCUCCGAGGCCGUGCAGCAUCAACAGAUGGCCGCUUCUUCCGUGAACAACAUGCAGCACGCGAACAGCACGAGCUCUUGCACCGCAGCUUCGUCUAGCAACGGUAGCCCACCCGCACUUGGCAACGCUACAGCCGCAAAAAUGACACCUGGGGUAGACUAUGGCCCCGGAAAAGACUGGAAGGACUACAAUGGACCUGGUAAGGAUUGGAAACAGGCUCAGGAAGGCCAACCACAACAUCCACAGCAGCGCAAUAAUUUCGCAGCAGGUGGCAGCAGCUCAUCCUCUUCCUCGGUGUCGGCCUCGUCAGGGCAUGCUUCGUAUAACAACAAGGACUGGGAUGACCGACCGCCACCAUGCCUGGAUCCGAAUCCGUCGGCGCCACAGAGUUACGCAGGCAGCAAACAGCCGUCAGCUGUUGGUGUCGUUUCGAGCGCAAGUCCAGUACAUACGAGUGUUGCUGCGGCCCCAGCAUUACAUAUGAGCAUACCCGGCGCGCCGCCUGCACUAUCAGGAGGAGGAUGUGGGAAGGGCGGGCCGGUAAAUCUUCCAUCUGUGCCACCGCCACCGUUGCCGUCGAAUUUCUGGGCCAACCCGCGAGCUCCGAUGCCACGAGCCCCGCCGACUGGCGUGGACCAGUUAUCGCAAAUCGGUUCUGUUCCACCGCAGAAGAAGCUGCUUUCACCCACUGGAAAGGCUGUGAUGGGCACCGCGCCAGCCAGCGCUGCGAGCCACACAACAAGCAGCAGCACUAUAGGAGCCUCAACAAUGGGAUCCAGUGCGCCGUCACAGCCUCCGCCAGGUCUUUCCGGAAAGCUGGACCCACCACCAGGCAUCUCUCAAGCGGGACCUCCGGGAGCUCUCUCAUCGUCAGUGAACAGCAGCACUGCGUCUGGCGGCUCUGGCUCCACCACCUCCACAAGCAGUACUAUCACGACUGCGGUAACUACCUCCAAUAGCAGUGUAGAUGGAGGCUCCUUUGUGCGUGACGUCCGGGACAAGGACAUGCUUCACGGAGGAGGUACUUCUACUACUGCACUAGAUGAGAACUUUCUAUGACGAAGACACGCAUGUUUCUUCUUUGCUGAUUCAAACUCUAAUGGAGUAGUUACAUACAGUUUCAUAAGGAACGUUGAGCAGAAGUCUUGUGAUUCUGUUGAAUCAACCCUAAAAAAGUCCAUUCAGUGUAGCUACUUAUUGUGGUUAUGAUUUACCGUAGUCACAUGGGGAUAAAUAUGGAUGUUUUUCUAUCGAUCAGGUGCUGGUCAGCAAAACGAAGAGGGAAGCAAAAGAGGCAAAGGAGGUGGCAAGCUAUAGCAUUUUUUCGCACGUUGUAGGAAUGACAGGACUCGUUCACAUAAGGAGACCGCUCUGCUGGCAUCCGGUAGCAUCAUCGAUGGUUCAGAGGAGGGGAAGGAACCUUCAUCUUCCUACUCGAUGCCAGUUGUAAGUACUUAACAUCAUGAUCAUAGAGAUUUCGGACAUCUACUAUCUCCUCAAGUGCCCCCACUUCCUUAUUUCAGGAAGUGGAUGCUACUCGUGCUGAGAUAGCCACUUACAUCCUUGCUUCAUGUUGAUUAACAAAAAUGUCCACGACCGCUGCUGUCACUUCUACAUGUGAUGAAGAUGUCAAGAGUUUUUAUCCACACGACGACAAUGAAUAUGGAGGAGAAGAUCACUCUACGUACUUUUUGUCUUCACAUACCGCUAGUCAACAACUCUAUUUGAUGACACAAGAACAACAACGAACUCCUUAUGAUAUCCUAAAAGCCCUACUCAUCUGUGUGUUGUUGACGUGAUCUGAUAUUAAGGAGGGUGGUGUCCGAACCCAAAUAGGAGAAAGUUCGGACCACUGCUGUACUCGAGUGAUUGAUCUGUGGCGAUCUUUGAUUCUAUCUUUGAUUCCCCACCUUUUCGCUCCUGUUUUAUUUUAUGUUCGCAAUCAUAUGACAUCCGCUUAUCAAACCUGAUGAUCCACAUUCAUUUAUCGCGGGGUUGUUGAAGAACAUCGCAUGAAAAAAUGAAACAAAAAAUAAACCAAAAUAUAUAUAAAGACUUUCCGCGACGCAGCGACCGAU